CUGGGUUGGGGGCGGAGAAUAGAAAGAGCUUUGGCACAAAGGUGGAAAGUAGGAUUGUGAGUUUGACUGUGUGAACACAUGAGGAAAGAAGAUUUGUGGAUCAAAGAGACAUGGCAAGGACUAAAGUAGGAUGUGGAGCAACAAAAGAUCGGUUUCUUUUCAGCUGACUUGGACCCAAAAAGGAAGUGAGGAAGGACAAAGUAGAGGUAUACAGAAGACAGAGAACUUGCCUGAACAAGAGGCAGAAAAUGGAGAAAGGCAAAUAACUGAAGAGGCGUUCUCUCACUCACCCGAACGAAAGGAGAAACACUGAGUCAAACCAGUCAGACAGACAGGAAGAGGAUAGAGAGGGGGAGGCAGGUAAAAAUAUUAAAAUAAAGAAUACGUAAGGAAGCUGAGAUUAAUGCUAUUUAGAGAGAAAGAGUGUGUGUGUAUGCUAUUUUAGACAGGGAGAGAGAGAGCCAAUGAGGGAGAAAGGAAAUCAGCAAACACAGAGAGGAUAACAGAAAGCAGACAUUGGGUGAGUGUUAAGCAAGGUGGAGCAGAGAGAAAGAUUGAGAGACAGACAGUUGGGGCUGGGGGGGGGGGGGCGGGUGUGGAGUCAUCAGGUGAAGUUAGCAGAAGUGGAGAGAUAUGAGGGGACAGCUCUUGAAGUCAUUCUUCUCUUUGGUGAUCACUCUCUUCUUUUUGGGGAGCCUGUUGACCACUGUCAUCUGGUAUAUGGUCGACAACAAAAAUGUGGAACCUCAGAGGCCGCAUCCUAAAAAGAAAAGCGCUCCUCAGCUCUCUGACCCUUGUAAAGGCUGCAGAGAGGUCAUCAACAAAGCAAUAGAGCGUUACUCUCAAACCUGGAAGAAGCAGAAAAACAAUUACCAAAAAUUCAGCUCUCAGCUGACCAGUCAGUGCCAUGGUUUGGACAAGGCCAUCAUUACCCAGGCUAACACUCCUGUGGGAUCAAAGAUUGUGUAUGAUGGAGAUAAGAAAAAGACCAUCAAGGUGACCCCUGAACUUUUCAGCACCUUUGCAAAGGAGCAUCCGUUCCCAAAUAAUACUUGGGACACGUGUGCUGUUGUCGGGAACGGAGGGAUUCUGACCAACAGCAGCUGCGGCGACAUCAUCGAUUCAGCAGAGUUUGUUAUAAGGUGUAACCUACCUCCUUUAGGAAAAGGCUAUGAGAAACAUGUAGGCAUCAAGACUGACAUUGUGACAGCCAACCCAAGCAUUUUCCUAGAGAAGUAUGGGGCUCUAAUGGGGCGUCGGCGUCCAUUUGUGGAGAGUCUACGUAGCUACGGCAAGUCCCGUCUGCUUCUUCCCGCCUUCUCCUAUGGCCACAACACUGCUGUGUGCAUGAGGGCAGUAUACAGCAUUGAGGACUUUGUGAGUCCCAUCCAGCCCAUCUUCUUCAACCCUGAGUACCUCCAGAGCCUGGCUCUCUUCUGGCGCUCCCGAGGCUUACGAGCAGUGCGCCUCAGCACAGGCAUUAUCAUGGCUAGCAUAGCGCUGGAACACUGUGCCAACGUGCAUCUGUACGGGUUCUGGCCCUUCAGUAAUCACCCCAAUGGACUCCAUGCCCUGACUAACCACUACUACGAUGACAGACAAACUAAAACAAAAUUUCACUCCAUGCCUGCUGAGUUUGACCUCCUGUUGCAGCUGCACAGUCAGGGAGUGCUCAGGCUUCACUUGGGAGACUGUCAGCAACGUGAAAAGUAGUUCCAAGGUCCAAAUUAGCCAGCAAGACAGUGGCAAAAUGUCUUUUGUAGCUCAGUCACUCAUACAUUUUUCAUAUGAUUUUGAUUGAAUCUGUAUUCUGGCUGAAUCAUGGUAAUGGUGUGUUCAAGCAAGGUAGAUUUAUGAAUUUAGAUGUAAUGCUGAGUCAUAUACCAGGACAUGUGCACUGAUAUUAACAUGCAAUCUUAAGACUGUAUCAUUCUGUUAACAGUCUUGUGGUGUGUGUAAAAAUGUAGUUAUUACCAAAAAUGUUAUAGCUGGAGUCUGGAGGGAGUUGGUUUGAUUAAAAUGUGGAUCCUUAGUAGGAACUUUGGGAGGGUUUAGUGCCUUCUUUUGCAUCAAACUGAAUGUAUUUUAAAGAAAUACCUCCGUAACAUGAAGAUUGUGUGUGUAAAACACUUACAAUAGUCUUUUGACCUUUGAGUUAAAAUUGCAUAACACUUACCGACUCUAAAAAUGAUUCUUGAAUUAUUCAAGGGGAAAUGUAUGGUACUCACACACCUUACUUUAUUCACUGGUGCUGGUUGUGGGAAAUUAUUUUUACAAUCUGGAUCCCUCUCGACGUCACUAACACUGCUGGAUGGCAUUAAGGCACGAUGUAAGCAUCAGAUCUCAGUUUUUGCAUAGGUUGUGUCCCAGUUGCCUCAAAUACAAACCAUCAUGGCAGCCCUCUGCGGGACCUGUGGUAAUCGGACGACCCUAUUGUCUCAGAGCCAAGGACUAAACAAACACACAACAGAACGUGGUCCCUCCUCACAAAAGUCACUAUGGUGAGCCUGUUUAACAAUGUGCUACCCUUUCUCACCACAGUGACAAUAUGUGGUAAAAAGGUUACAACAUUCACAUCUUGAUUCAAUGAAAGUUUGGAAAUUAAUACUUUGUUGUUGUAAUUGCUAAAUUAAUUACUGACUCCAAUAUAAGGUGAUAUAAUGUGUAUUGUGCACUUUUGAUGAAAAUUGUAAUCUUUGGGUAAGAAGUCUUUUGUACCAAGACUUAAAAUGGGUCUUUUGCAACUGGGAGUAUUGUCUCUCAUGUUGAUAAUUAUGAAGUCUUAACAUUUGACAAGCGAUGACCAACCUUGAAAACUAUCGGAAAGACAGUUUUAGAGUUGUGUGAUUUUUUAUUUUAUAAAUGCACCAGCUGCAAGGGAAAAAUGAAGUCAAAGUGAAUCAAUGAAUAAAUAUUUAUUAC